GAAUGCUUCGGAAGCUGGAAAUCCAGAAAGAGGAAGACCUGCAGUCAGUGCGCGAAGUGGCUGCCCACGUGUUCAGUGAUGGAGUGACAAACUGGGGUCGAGUGGUGACGCUCAUCUCCUUCGGCGCCUUUGUUGCGAAACACCUGAAGAGCAUAAAGCAGGAGAGGUGCAUCAGCUCGCUGGCGGGGAUCAUCACGGACGCGCUCGUCUCGUCCAAGCGCGAGUGGCUGAUGAGCCAGGGAGGCUGGGAGGGCUUUGUUGACUUCUUUCGAGUUGAAGACCUAGAAGGCAGCAUCAGGAACGUGCUGAUGGCAUUUGCUGGCGUGGCUGGACUGGGAGCGAGCUUGGCCUACAUGAUCCGGUGA